CAACAACCAUUUCAGUACGGUAGUACCUACCUAGAUUUCGCACCACGACCACUGCAAUACUUUAUCAAAGACAGACACAAUGGACAACUCCAAUACGAACAGCGAAUCUUCUACUCCAAAGGCCAUGAACAAUGGAAACCGGAAGCCGGCUCGAAGGGCUAAACGCAACGUCAUGGGCGAGCAGUUCGCAGCAUGGCGUGCCGCAGGCAUGCCAUCACCACCACGAUUCCCUAAUGAAGACAUCUACACGCCAAAGCCAUUCUUCUUCUACGGCACCCUUAUGGAUCCCUUGAAACUCCAAGAAAUACUCCUGCUUCCAAGCCCACCGGUACUCAAACCAGCCAGGGCAAGGACCUAUAAAAUAAUGCUGUGGGGUCAAUAUCCCGCUCUGGUAGAUGCAAUCGAUAGCUAUGUCGAUGGCAUGACCUGCGUUAUAGAGACUAAGCAACAUGUUGAGAUGCUUAAGGAAUAUGAGACUGAGGCUUAUGAUUUAGAAAGUCUAAGGUUUGAGGUAGAUGGGGAAAGAGUGAGAGGGAAAGCGUUUAUGUGGGCGGAGACUGAUCGUAGUGCGCUGAGAGAGGGGACGUGGUCAUUAGAGGAAUGGAAGAAGGACGUGGAGAAGGAAAUGGCAUCUCAUUUUAAACCUGUGGAGGAUUUUGACCAGUUGAGGAUUUCGGAGGAUCAACUUUAA